AUGAUGGUUCUUGAAACCAUGAAUAUCUUCAUGCUGGACAUUCUAAAGGAAGGCCUCUAUGUUCCUCUUAGGACUAUUAUUAAAGAAGAAAAAGGACCAGUUACCUUAAGAGCUCUAGUUCAUCAGUUGACUGAAGAUGACAAGAAGAAAGUAAAUUUUGAUGUUCGUGCUAGGGCUUCAAUAUGUAUUUCUCUUCUUUACAAUGUUUACCAUUUGGUAGAGAACUAUGUAUAUGCAUGGAGAUCAUUUCAACUGUCAAGAUUACUUAUGAAGGCACUGAUGAGGUUUGAGAUUAUAAAAGAUAAUGAUGUGUUGGUUAAUAAGUUUCUUGACUCCCUUGAUGAGAGUUGGGAGCAUCAUGCUAAUAUCCUGAAGAAUAGUGAGAAGAUAAAGACCAUGGAUCUACCAAGUCUUUAUGCAUCCAAGACAAUUGAAGAUCUCAGUGAAAGUGAUAAAAUCUCAUCAGGGGAAGAUGAUGGGUUUUGGGAAGCUAAAAACAAUCUCUUUUUAUAA